AUGGCUUCCCAAUGUUUACCUACCCAGCGUCAAAAUUUUGAGAAGAAACAAUACACAAUCUUGUCACAAUUUAACUCUAUGUCUAAGAGUGGUGGAUAUAACAACAUAGGCCUAUGUUACUGUCUGUAUCUGGGUGUACGUGAUAUUGAUGUAGCGUUCGGUACGAGCUAUGCCUCGUGUACCUCGUCGCUGGCCGAGCAACGUCGAACAUUUUAUAAGGAAGUUUGGACCAAAGAAAAGGAGAAGGCAAGCAUAUUUAUACGUCGUCAAACUGUAGAACAAGAACGUAAUGUCGAUAUAAUUCAAGAAAAUACUGAAUUUAUAUUAGGAAGAUGUAGAGCUAAGAUAGAAAAUGGUUGCUCAGACACUAUCAUGGUCGCGUAUACUGAAAUUAUCCGCCACCUGGAACAGUUGGACUUGACGUCAAUUAGACCAGAAGUUCCUAUAGCAUCUGGCGUUAUUGAUCUCUCGGGUGGUGAAGACCCAUUUACAAAUUUAUUAUCAUUGAGGGCAAAGCAGAUUUUGACGCUUCAUACAUUCCAUAACGAUGAGUUCCCAGAACAAAUAAAAAUAAUGAUGGAUGAUUUCGUAAACACAUAUAAAGAUCUGGGACCCGAUUUCGAUCCGGUAUUCAUGCGACCAAUUGCUUUCCCACGAGGGGAGAUACCCGUUGCAUCCAGACGUAUAUUGAUGACGGUUUUUGACUUGUUAGAAGGAUUACCGCUAUUGACAGAAGACGAAUAUAGUGAGAAUGCUUAUGUGAUUCAUGCCGUAUUGAAGGUUUUGGAUCCAAUCCUCACAUAUUCAAAAUGGCCACUCAAGCAUGCAUGGAAAAAUGAUACCACUGAUAUAGUUAGAUUGUUAAACAUCAAGCUAGAGAAAGUUCCUGUUCUGGAUAUCCAAGUAAUACAAGAUUGUGUAACUAUUUCUGUUAUUGAAGAAUUUUUAAAGAAUACUCUUGAAUUAAGAUUUGCGAUGGAAAAAAUUAUCACAAUAAUAGUAGAUGUGAAAGAUGAAAUUAAUUUUUUACCAGUAAUUAAAGAUCAGACUCCAUUAUCAUCAAUGAUGUUAACUACGUAUUCUCCACCAAAAAGUUAUUAA